CUUUAUUUAACUUAGGAUCCGAUGAGGUGAAAGCAUCCAAAUUUCAAGUGAAAAUAAUUCUAAAAAAAAAUUAAUAAUUAUAAGUUUAUUCCAAUCAAACUAAAUCAUGAAUCAACAGUCUAUAUUAAUUAACUCAGAACAAAAAUCGUACGAAAUGUUUGCCGAACCAGUGCACUUCCCACUCGUGAUUGGAAAUGAAACAUUCAUCAUCACUUGGCAAGAUCAGCGGAACAUAAUCGAUCGGCGGAACUGGUUUUUGUCGCGUCCUCCCAAUUCUACACCGACAGGUAUCGAAUGUCCAAUGGGAGGAGACCAGACUGCUAUGAUCAACUAUCAAUCUCUGUUAGCACAAAUAUUGCACGAGCUGCGCGGGAACGAUGCGGCUUUCGUAUCAAACCUGCCGCCUGGUCAAAAUAUGGAUGCUAGACAGUGCAAACCUUUUUGUUUCCACUACGAGAAGAAAACCGAUACAGAGGAUUUACCGUACUAUCAAAACCGAGAUCGUCUGCGAGCAUCGAACGGAGAAAGGGUGGUGAAACAUGUGAACUAUUAUGUCGAGUCUGCCGUUAAAAGCGUGGGCACAAAUACGUCCGCCACGGAUCAGCCAAUGGAAACAGAAGAAAUCACCGAUAUCGAAGAUUUAGAGCUGUAGUUUGCAAGAAUCAUUUUGAAAAUAAAAUCCCUUCGGUUCAAACUGAUUCUCAUAUCGGAACAAGCAA